CUCGCAGCUUUCAUUCGCGGUUUUUGGUCACCCCAAAAGUCGAAUAAAAAAUCUCACACUCAAAAUGGCAGGCGGCGAACCUGGAGAGGCUGUUGCCCACAAGGCAUUCGACACUAUUCUGGUGCUCGAUUUCGGAUCACAGUAUACCCACCUGAUCACUCGACGUCUCCGCGAGCUCAAUGUCUUCUCCGAGAUGCUCCCUUGCACUCAGAAGCUCUCUGAGCUCAAGUUUACGCCCAAGGGAAUUAUCCUUUCUGGAGGGCCAUACUCGGUUUAUGAGGAAGGCAGCCCCCAUGUCGACCCUGCAGUGUUCGACUUGAACGUGCCCAUCCUGGGCAUCUGCUAUGGGAUGCAGGAACUCGCCUACCGCAUCAGCCCGGACAACGUCAUUGCGGGCAAGCACCGCGAGUACGGCCAUGCCAUGCUCAAGGCUCAGUCAGUGGGUGGCCACGUGGAUCGUCUUUUUGACGGAAUCGAGGAGUCGAUGCGGGUAUGGAUGAGCCACGGCGACAAGCUGGCCAAGCUGCCGCAGGACUUCCACACAGUUGCAACUUCGGAUAAUUCUGAGUACGCCGCCAUUGCCCAUGGCAGCAAGCCCAUCUACGGCCUCCAGUUCCACCCCGAGGUCACCCACACCCAGAACGGCACAACGCUGCUCAAGAACUUUGCCGUAGGGAUUUGCGGCUGCAAGCAGGACUGGACCAUGGAGAAGUUCCUGGAGGAGCAGAUCGCCCAGAUUCGCCGGACGGUCGGUGAGAAGGGCCAGGUGCUCGCUGCUGUUAGCGGUGGUGUCGAUUCCACUGUUGCUGCCAAGCUCAUGAAAGAGGCUAUCGGGGACAGAUUCUGGGCUGUGCUCGUCAAUAACGGCGUUAUGAGACUCAAUGAGUGCGAGCAGGUCCAAAAAGACCUGUCCGAGGCGCUUGGCAUCAACCUGACAGUCGUCGAUGCCUCAAAGGAGUUUCUUGACGGCCUCAAGGGCGUUGAAGAUCCUGAGAAAAAGCGAAAGUUCAUUGGCGGCAAGUUUAUCGACAUUUUCGAAGCAGAGGCUAUCAAAAUUGAGGAGGCUGCCGCCAAUGACCCGACCAAGGCUGGCAGAAUCGAGUUCUUCAUGCAGGGCACACUCUACCCUGACGUGAUUGAGUCACUCUCAUUCAAGGGCCCUUCAGCAACGAUCAAGACACAUCACAACGUCGGUGGCCUUCCGGCGCGGAUGGCUAACGGGCAAGGCUUGAAAUUAAUCGAGCCCCUGAGAUCGUUGUACAAGGAUGAAGUUCGCGCACUUGGACGCGCUCUUGGCAUUCGGGAAGAACUUGUGAUGAGGCAUCCUUUCCCUGGACCGGGCAUUGCUGUCAGAAUCCUAGGCGAGGUGACGCCCGAGAAGGUGGAAAUGUGCCGUCAGGCCGAUCACAUUUUCAUCAGCGAGAUCCGCAAGGCAGGUCUCUACAACCAGAUCUCCCAAGCCUAUGCAGCCCUCGACCCAAGCCGGGCCGUGGGCGUAAUGGGUGACAACCGAGUCUAUGGUUAUAUCAUCGUUUUGCGCGCAGUGACCACUACAGAUUUCAUGACAGCCGAAGCCUUCAAUUUCCCCUGGGAUUUCCUCCAGCGGGUCAUGAACAGGAUCGUCAACGAGGUCCACGGUGUGUGCCGCGUCGUAUACGACAUUACUUCGAAGCCGCCUGGAACAAUUGAGCUUGAGUAGCCGCAAAGACCAUGGGGUGCUGGGUAUGGUUCCAAUCCGGCCGAUCUUCUCCCUUCCGGGCCCUGCCGUUCUCGGCUCUAUCCCGGACACUGCGCCAAUGGUUGCGUGCGGUUUGGAUGGUAUUCAUUCAGCGGAAGCCAUUUCGCGCUGCUAUAGAUUUGGGGUCCUGCGGAAAACUAGAUUGCGGUAGACUCAGAAGAUCCUCGCUCGAGCAGUCGCUAUAGAUCUCGACCCGAGGCAUAUAUAGAAGGGAGCAUUCAUCGGAUAAACUUCUCUAAUCGUCAGUGUCUAGACUUGGAGAAGCUAUCGACAAGACGGCAACUAUAUUUCUCCCCUCGUGCAUGUCCUCCAACCCGCUGGUCCACUCAACCGUCAUCAUCCCAUACCCACUCACGGUUCUUUCAUGCACGGAAACUCCAACG